AUGGCAGAUAUCAACUCUCUCAUCAACCCGCCGGAGGAGACCAAAGAAAGCCUAGAUUACAAAGAUGAAAGCGAAGAGGCCAACGAGCCCGCACAUGCGGCGGCCGACCCGGCCGUGAGCCAGGAUACUAUAUUGAGCUCUUUUGACCGGAUCAAGACGCACUUUCCGGCUGCGCGCAUAAAAACAAUCAUGCAGUCUGAUGAGGACAUCGGCAAAGUAGCGCAGGCGACGCCUGUGGUUGUCGGCCGAGCCCUUGAGAUUUUCAUGGCCAAUUUGGUGGAGGCGGCCAUUCUCGAGACAAAAGGCGCAGGUGUGCGCCGGAUAGCUGCGUCCCAUGUGCGGGCCGCUGUGGAGAAGACAGAGCAGUUUGACUUUUUGGUCGAUGUGGUGCUGAAGUACCCGGCCACGAAAAACUAG